AUGUCGGAGGCGGUAAACUUCACUUCAGAUAUUGAGGUCAAGGACGAAUUCUUGAGCAUAAGCUGCUUUACGAAAGAAAGUACUGAACCAUUUUAUAAAAACUUCCAUGCAUUUUUGAUCUCUAAAACUGACGCAAUUAAAAAACUGAAAAAAAACUUUGAGGCUGAAAAAGCAAGGUCAAAAGAACAUUUGAAUGUUGUUAUGAUUGGAAUUGAUUCACUGUCACGACUUAAUCAUAUGAGAUCGAUGCCUAAAGCCCGCGAUUAUCUUCUGAACAAUUUAUCUGCUAUUGAACUUAAAGGCUAUACCAAGGUAGCCGAUAAUACAUUUGUUAAUGUUGUUCCACUUACUACUGGUCGAUUUUUAGAAGAGUUACCAUGGAAUGAAACCUUGUCUAGAGAACCAUUCGAUAAAUACAAUUUCAUAUGGAAGAAUUUCAACAAUAACGGAUAUCCAACACUCUAUGCAGAAGACGCUCCUAAUAUAGCUACCUUUAAUUAUCUGAAAUUUGGAUUCCUCAAACCUCCAAGCCUGCAUUAUUACCGUCCAUUUGCUAAAGCUAUGGAGGACGAAAGUUCAGUCUGGAAUUCUGGCCAUCACUGUGUUCAUGAUCGUCCUGAAACUACCAUCCUCCUAGAUUACGUUCACAAUUUCAUGCGAAAAUAUCGUAAUCAGCCACAUUUUUCAUAUUCAUUUAAUUCCAGACUGACUCAUGAUGCAAUGAAAGAUGCCUUAAGGGCAGACGAUCCUUAUGUCGCGUGGUUAAAAUCCGUCCAUUACGAAGGCCUUCUAAACAAUACCGUUUUGAUAUUCUUUAGUGACCAUGGUCUCAGAUUUGGCGCCUUUCGGAAGACUUAUGUUGGGAAGCUAGAGGAGCGAUUACCAAUGAUGUAUUUCGUAUUUCCAAAAUGGUUCCUUAAAAAAUAUCCAACGAUUUCAGCCAAUCUACAGAUCAACAAAAACAGACUAACUUCUCCUUUUGAUAUUUACGCUACGUUGAAAAAUAUUUUAUAUUUUAAUGGAACAUCCAAUGCUAAAGUAGACCCCAAGCAAAGAGGAAUUAGUUUGUUUAAUAUCAUCCCUGAAUCAAGGACUUGUGAAAACUCGGGUAUCUUACCACAUUGGUGUGUGUGUAUGGCUCAAACUUCAUUACCUACAGAUAAUCCCUUAGCAGUAAAAAGUGUGAACUUUUUAAUCCAAGUGAUAAAUAACUAUUUAAAAAAAUAUCCUUUAUGUGAGCCUCUGUCUUUAAAAACUAUAAAAUCUGUCCAAAUUAUGGAAAACAAUGACAAACUUUUACGUUUUGCAGAAAGUAAGAAUGAUGUAUCCGUGUUAUUGACCCCUGGUGCAGGGGAGUUCGAGGCUACAGUGAAAUAUGAAGAGACUUCUGGUGAAUUCAGUAUGGCGGGAGAUAUUAGUCGUAUUAAUUUAUAUGGCCAUGACGCUGACUGCGUGAGUGAUUCGAAAAUAAGAAAAAUAUGUUAUUGUGUGAAAUAA